GGCGCGAUGGAGGCGCUGCGGCGGCCGGCGCUGCCCGAGGACGCGCUGCGCUCCCGCCUGUUGGCGGCGGCGGGCCCGGGCGGCGAGGCGCUGCUGCGGCGCUGCGCUGAGCUGGCCCUGGGCCGCUCCGCCCCGCUCCUGGCCGCCUGCGUGUGGCAGCGGCAGCCGCUCCGCCUGCGCUCCGUGCCGCGCCGCGGGGAGCCGGGAACGGGCCGGGAGGCACGGCGGGAGGAGCACCCGGAGCGGGGGGCACCCGGCGGCUCCGCAGACUCUCGGUGUCACAGCACGGGUUCAGCCAGUGAGGCAUCUGGUGCCCCCUCCCUGCUGCAGCGGGGCCAUCCCCGAGCACAGCACACAGGAUUGUGGCAGCAGCAGGGUCUGGGAUAUCCGCAGGGAGGGAGACUCCGCAGCCCGUGCGGACAAUCUGUUCCUGUGCAUGGCGCUGCUGAGCCGCCUCUCCUCUCUCUGCCCCGUCCAGGCGACACCCCGGCGCACUUGGGCGGCACCACGGUGUUCGGGGAUAACGUGGAGGAUGAGUGGUUCAUCGUGUAUCUGCUCCGGGAGAUCAGCAGGGAGUUCCCGGGGCUGGCAGCCAGCAUUGAUGACAACGCUGGAGAGUUUCUCUUGAUAGAAGCAGCUGAUUUUCUCCCCAAGUGGCUGAAUCCUGAGAACAGUGAAAACAGGCUGAGUAAAACUUGUGUGACGUUCACUCGGUGUUUAUAUGCCCAGCUGGUGCAGCAGCAGUUUGUCCCAGAGAGACGCAGUGGAUACACCCUGCCCGCCCCAUCUCACCCUCAGUACAGAGCCCACGAGCUGGGCAUGAAGCUGGCUCAUGGCUUUGAAAUGUUGUGCUCCAAGAGCAGUAAAGUAGCUCCUGAUGCCAGGAGAAACGUGUUAAGCGGUCCUCUGUGGGAGAGGUUCCUCAGGAGCUUGAAGGAGAAGGAUUAUUUCAAGGGAGAAAUGGAAGGCUCAGCCAAGUACCUGGAACUGUUGCACAUGGCAGAAGAUCACUUCCAGCAAUGUGUUGCUGUGCCAGAAAGCUGUGAUGAAGUGAGCCCAGGUGAUGAAAUCCUGACACUACUAGAGACAACCCCCAUUGAUCUGAAGGAAUUUGAGAGAGAAGCAGCUUGUCUUCCUCCAGAGGAUGACGACAGCUGGCUGGAUAUUACACCAGAUGCUCUGGAUCAGGUGCUGAAGGAGGCAAGAAAUGAGUCCCUUCCUUCCACAGAUGAGGAAGAGCAAAAAUAUGACUUGGAAACCGUUGCUGAGAGCAUGAAGGCUUUUGUGUCCAAAGUGUCCACGCACGAAGGAGCAGAAAUGCCGUGGUCAUCUGAUGAAUCCCAUGUUACCUUUGAUGUGGAUUCUUUCACAAAAGCCCUGGACAGAAUUUUAGGGGCAGACUCGGAGCAGCUGGAUUCUGAUGAUCUGGAUGAAGAGGAGGAGUUUGGCUUCUCAGAUGAGGAUGAUGAAGACCUGGAUGCUGGCAAUCAAAGGCAGGAGCAGAAGGUGCCUCCUGAGCAGCUGGUGGGCAGUCUCAAGGCGUACAUGAAGGAGAUGGACCGUGAGCUGGCCCAGACCAACGUUGGGAAAAGUUUCAGCGGCCACAGGAGAGGGGCAGGUUCUGUUGGAGCAGCCACAUCUGAGAGUGCUGGCCCUGAUUGUGGAGCUGAGGCUGCUGAGCUGGCCCCCGUGGAUGUGGACAUGAACCUGGUGGCAAACCUGCUCGAGUCCUACAGUGCCCAGGCUGGCCUGGCAGGACCCACCUCGAACAUUUUACAGAGCCUGGGGCUGGAUUUACCUGAGAGCACAGAGCUCACGGGCAGCUGAGCAACACAGGGAGAGCUUUGGGCAAGGCAUGGCUGGUGGGGAGAUGAGCACAGGCACACGAGCAGCAUGUGGAAGGAGAGGCCAGAGGUUUUAAUUCAGAGCGUUCUGUUCAUUAUGUGUCACUUCAGCAGAGUGAAUUGACCUGCAGCAGCUUCUGUUUGGACACUGUCUUGGGUGGAAAUGAGAUUUUCCCAGUGCUGACACAGUUUCAGACAACUGAAAAAUGAUGUUGAAUGAAUGACUGAAAUGAGCUUUUCUUUUCUUACCAAACCUCUCUUCCAUUUUCCCAAUCAGUGAUCCACCUUGCCACAUUUCUCAAAUGUCCUUUGACCCAUUGCUAAGUGGGUUCAAUAUCUGGGAAGCAGUUCUUGUUCUGGAAAUGCUGCUGCCUUCAGGGGCACGUGGGGAAAUACCCCAUUGCAGGAAGAGUAAUUGCAUCAAACGUGUAAAUAUUGGCCAGAAGUAGUUUUUAAAUUUAUUUCAAUAAAAACAGAAAUACAGCUUGAGUACU